AUGUCUUUGAUUACUCAAAUUCUGAGCGAAGAUUUCCCACAAUUUCAAUCAACCAACGAAAUUUCCGCCACCGAUAUUCUGAGCGAAGUUUUCCCUCAAUUUCAAUCAACCAACGAAAUUUCCGCCACCGCCUACGCGCGGAUAGAUAGGAAGGAGACGCCGGAGGCCCAUGUUUUCAAAGCCGAUCUUCCGGGACUGAAGAAAGAAGAGGUGAAAGUAGAGGUGGAGGACGGUAGGGUUCUGCAGAUCAGCGGUGAGAGGGCGGCGGAAAAGGAAGACAAGAAUGAUAAAUGGCAUCGGAUUGAGAGGGGAAGAGGCAAAUUUCUUAGGAGGUUCUAUUUACCGGAAAAUGCUAAAACUGAUGAAGUGAAGGCAGUUAUGGAGAAUGGUGUUCUUACUGUAACUGUUCCUAAGCAGGAGGCAUCGAACAAUACGCUUCCCGCAAUUCUAAGAAGAUUUCUUGCUUUUUAUCUGACUCUGCAAUUCCUUUCUUCGCGUUUAGACUUUAGUGAAGAAAAUCAGACAUCAAGAAAAUGA